AUGGGUGAGGAGGCUCCGGAGGUGUUGUACGUCAAUGGGAUCCCAAAGUUUGGCCAUGAAACAGAACAAGACAUCGUCAAUGAUCAAAACCAUAAUUCUUCCUGGUACGAGGAAGUUAUCGAUGAUGAUCUCAAAUGGUCUUUUGCACUAAACAGUGUGCUUCAUAAAGGGAUUAGCGAUUACCAGGAGAUAGCUCUACUGGAUACAAAACGUUUUGGAAAGGCAUUGGUGAUUGAUGGGAAGAUGCAGAGUGCAGAAAUGGAUGAAUUCAUUUAUCACGAAUGCUUGAUUCAUCCUCCUCUGUUAUUUCACCCCAACCCCAAAACGAUGUUUAUAAUGGGAGGAGGCGAAGGCUCUGCUGCUAGGGAAGCCCUUAAGCACAAGUCAAUGGAGACAGUGGUCAUGUGUGAUAUAGACCAGGAGGUGGUAGAUUUCUGCAGAAAAUACUUGAUUGUAAACAGGGAGGCCUUUGCUCAUAAGAAGCUCGAUCUUGUCAUCAAUUGUGCCAAGGCUGAAUUAGAGAAGAGAAAGGAGAAGUUUGAUAUGAUUGUUGGAGAUUUGGCAGACCCAGUUGAAGGAGGGCCUUGCUAUCAACUCUAUACAAAAUCCUUCUAUGAAAAGAUCCUGAAGCCCAAACUCAAUGAGAAUGGCAUUUUUGUGACCCAGGCAGGACCAGCAGGUAUCUUGACACACAAGGAGGUCUUCACUUGUAUAUAUAACACAAUCAAACAGGUCUUUAAAUAUGUGAUAGCAUACACAACUCAUAUAUCAUCUUUUGCUGAUACAUGGGGAUGGGUUAUGGCUUCAGACCAACCACUAUUCAUUGGUGCUGAGGAAAUGGACAAAAGAAUCGAAGCAAGAAUAGAUGGGGAAUUGCUCUAUCUGAAUGGAGACUGGUUCCAAUCAUCUACAACUAUGAAUAAGACUCUUUCACGCUCGCUUCAGAAUGAAACUCAUGUGUACACCGAAGAAAAUGCUAGAUUCAUUCCCGGACAUGGUGUGGCUUAUCGUCUGUGAGGUUUCAAGCCAUAAGAUGCGGAUGAAGAAGUGUUGUACUGACUCUUAAGUAACGUGAGGGACUUAGUACAACGCUAUGUAGGAAUUUACCUUACAGAUGACAAGGAUUGAAUGGCUGGAGGCCCAAAACAACAAGCAUAAGCAAAAAUGUUUUAAUUAAUUAAAACUUAUCAGUUUACAAUUGUUUCAGCAAUCCGGUUCUAUAUAUUUUUAAGUUAGGGAACUCAUGACAUAUUUGUUCUUAUUUUUCGAAUUAAGUUUUGUGGCAUUCCUCUAUUCAAAUUUCAGAUUAUAGUUCGCUAUUUAAUAAAAUAAUCAAUCGCUGAGCUCUCUCUAGAUCACAAGCCGGAAUUCACAAAUGAAGAGAUAUUUACCAUCCCCUUGAACGAGGAACAACCCCCGUUCAAAUACAAUUUGUGAAUU